CGGUGAUCGGAAGGAUCGUUCGAAGUCACUCCUCAUUUGCACGCCCCUUCGUCCGCUUUGCCUCCUCCCCUUCCCGAUCCAUUCGACUCCUGCUCGUUUGUUGGUUUGAACGGGGCAGCGGGCGGAAGACCUAGACGACGAGGAAGAGGACGACGACGAGAGACGAGCUGGUCGACCCCUGCUCCGUCGCUGACCGAUGGCAGAAAUGGCGCAGAAGCUGCAGCAGCAACUCAAGGAGGUGGGAUCGAAACUGGAGAGCCCUCCAGCGUCCAAAGACGCGCUAAUUAAGCUACUCAAGCAAGCUGCAAAUUGUCUGUCUGAGUUAGAGCAGUCACCGUCACCUUCUGUCUCAGACUCAAUGCAAUCUUGUGUAAAUGCAUUUGCCCAAAAAGACCUGUUGACGCAUCAAGAUCGUGAUGUCAAAGUUCUUGUAGCAACCUGUGUUUGUGAAAUCACCAGAAUAACUGCACCAGACGCUCCAUAUAGUGAUGAUGUUCUAAGGGAUAUAUUUCAUUUGAUUGUUGGUACCUUUGCUGGAUUGGGUGAUAUUGACAGCCCUUCUUAUGAGAGAAGGGUUGUUAUCCUUGAGACCGUUGCCAAAUACAGGUCAUGUGUUGUGAUGUUGGAUCUUGAAUGUAAUGAUCUCAUACAGGAAAUGUUCAGAACAUUUGUUUCAGUCAUCAGUGACGAUCAUCCCCAAAACAUCUUUACGUCAAUGCAAACUAUCAUGAUCCUUAUUCUAGAUGAGAGUGAGGAAUUACAGGAAAAUCUUAUUUUAAUCCUGCUUUCAGUGUUGGGCUGUAAAGUAAAUGGUUCCUCUAUGGCUGCACGGAGGCUUGCUAUGAAUGUUAUAGAACGUUGUGCAGGAAAACUUGAACCAUUCAUAAAGCAGUUUCUUGUAUCUUCACUGUCAGGCGAUGGUAGUUAUUUAAAUUAUUCAAUUGAUCAUCAUGAAGUUAUAUAUGACUUGUACCAGUGCGCACCACAAAUUCUUGCAAGAAUAAUUCCUUACAUAACUGGCGAAUUGUUGACAGAUAAGCUAGACAUUCGACUUAAAGCAGUUCAGCUCUUGGGGAAAUUAUUUUCUUUACCUGAGGUACCUGUAUCUGAAGCUUUUCAGUCAGUCUUUGAUGAAUUCCUAAAGAGAUUGACUGACAGAGUAGUUGAAGUCCGUCUAUCUGUCAUUGAUCAUUUGAAGAAUUGCCUGGUUACUAAUCCUGAACGUCCUGAGGCUCCUCUGAUUAUAAAAGCACUUUCUGACAGAGUGUUGGAUUAUGAUGAGAAAGUUCGAAAAAAAGUUGUUGCUGCAGUUUAUGAUGUGGCUUGUCAUUCUUUCAAAGUAAUUCCAAUGGAGAUAGCUAGUUUUGUGGCUGAGCGUCUGCGAGAUAAAUCUUUGACUGUAAAGAAGUAUACAAUGGAGAGGCUUGUUGAUCUACAUCAAUUGUAUUGCUUGAAGAGCUCUGAUGGUUCAACAAAUUUGGAUGAUUGCAAAUGGAUACCAGGGAAGAUAUUGAAAUGUUUGUAUGACCCAGAUUUUAGGUUGGAAGCGGUUGAACUUCUCCUUUGUGGAUCUUUGUUUCCACCUGAGUUAUCAAUCAAAAAUAGGGUGAAACAUUGGGUGUCAGUUUUUUCAGUAUUUGAUAAAUUCGAGAUUAAAGCCAUUGAGCAGAUUCUUUUGCAAAAGCAAAGGUUACAGCAUGAAAUGCAGAAGUAUCUGUCUCUUAGACAGACAUAUCAGGAAGAUGCAUCUGAACUUCACAAAAGAAUUUUUGUUUGCUUCAAGAGCAUGUCUCGGUUGUUCAAUGACCCUAUGAAUGCUGAGGAGAAUUUUCAGUUUCUUAAUCAGUUGAAAGAUGUUAAUAUUUGGAAAAUUUUAACAAUACUACUUGAUCCAUCCACUAGUUUGUACGAAUCAUGGUCACGCCGGGAUGAGUUGCUUAAAAUCCUUGGUGAGAAGCAUCCACUUUAUGAUUUUAUGGAUACACUUACUUUGAAGUGUUCGUACAUACUCUUCAACAAAGAGUUUGUCAAAGAGACACUGUCAGAAGCUGCUGCUCAACAUUCUGCUGGAAAUACAAAACUUAUUUCUUCAUCCAUGAAUCUGCUUACGGUCAUUUCAGGUUACUCUCCCUUACUUUUAGCUGGGUGUGAAGAAGAUCUUCUUCUUCUUCUGAAAGAGGACAAUGACUUGGUUAAGGAAGGUAUUGCCCAUGUUCUGGCAAAGGCCGGUGGGACUAUUCGCGAACAACUGACAAUGGCUUCAAGUUCAGUUGAACUUCUUUUAGAAAGGUUGUGUCUAGAGGGCACCAGGAAGCAGGCUAAAUAUUCUGUACAGGCCCUAGCAGCAAUAACUAAAGAUGAUGGUCUCAAGUCACUCUCUGUUCUUUACAAGAGGCUUGUGGAUAUUUUGGAGGAGAAAUCACAUUUGCCAUCUAUUUUGCAAUCACUUGGAUGCAUUGCACAGACUGCUAUGCCAAUUUUUGAAACAAGAGAGGAUGAAAUUACUGAGUUUAUUACCAGUAAAAUAUUGCAUAACAGUAAUAAGUCUGAUGAGGUUUCUUUUGUUAAUACUGAAUGGAGUGAAAUAUCUGAACUGUGUUUGACAAAGAUGUUUGGUAUCAAAACAUUGGUAAAAAGCUACAUACCAGCCAAAGAUGCUCAUAUGAGACCAGGAAUUGAAAAGCUUCUGGAAAUUCUUCAGAAAAUAUUUUCUUAUGGGGAAAUCUCAGAGGAAAUACGGUCAAACAAUGUUGAUAAAGCUCAUAUGAGGCUUGCUUCUGCAAAAGCUGUUCUUCGGUUAUCAAGAUAUUGGGACCAAAAGAUAACUACUAGUUUGUUUUAUUGGACUCUAAGAAUUUCUCAGGAUGCUUAUGCUGAAUCUAAAAAAUCAUUCUUAAACAAAGUACAUCAGUAUAUCAAGGAACGGUUAUUGGAUGCAAAGUAUGCUUGUGCCUUCUUGCUUAACUUUAAUGAUUGUCACUGCCCUGAAUAUGAAGAGUGUAAACAGAGUCUACUUGAACUUGUACACAUGUGUCGGCAAGUUAAAAUGCGACAACUGUCUACACAAUCUGACUUGAGUUCCGCACCAGCUUACCCUGAAUAUAUUCUUGCCUACACGGUCCAUGCUCUUGCACAUGACCCUUCUUGUCCAAAUAUUGAUGAGUGCUUGAAUGUUCAGGCAUUUGAGCACAUAUACUGGCGGUUGCAUUUACUUCUUUCCUUGUUGUUGCAUGGUGAUGAUGGUAAACAAUCUGGUGCUUUUCCAAUCGAGAGAAAGGAGAGCUAUUACACAAUCCUCUCCAUCUUUCACAGUAUUAAAAAUGCCAAAGAUGUAGUUGAUGAAACAAAGUCAAAUGCUCUAUACGCUAUAUGCUAUCUGGGACUCUCAAUUUUAAAGAGACUAGUGCCUGACGAGGUUCAGGUCUCAGGGUUUGAUGUAAUUCCAUUGCCAAAUAUGUUAUACAGAGCUGUUGACUGUAGCAAUAACUAUAGCAUGACGGAUGACAACAAAUGGACGUGGUUGAAUAGCGAUAGUGUCUUGGCCCAUUUUGAGGCUCUUAGACUGAAGAAUAAAAAAAUGGGUGACUCACUUGUUGUAGAGGAUGGAAUGGUUGUGGAGGAGAAUGGAGAUGACAAUGAAGUUCCUCUUGGGAAGAUGAUGGAAAUUCUCAGAAAUCAAGGAGUCAAGAAGAAGAAAAAAAAGAAAAAGGACAUAUUUACUAAUCUGGAAACUAUUAAUAGUGAAUUUGACGUGUUGGGUGUGGUGAGAGAAAUAAAUUUGGAGAGUUUUAAACAAACUCAAGACAGGGAAGCAAUAGUUUCAGAUCACAAUUGCAGAAGUGGAAAGCAAAAUGGUAAAGUCAAUACUGAGAAGGAAAUAUCAUCUCUGAGUAAAAGACAACGUGAUGCCAUUGGGUUUGAGGUGCUUGCACCAACACCAAAACGCAAAAGAUCAAUUUCCACGAAUAGGUUGAAUUCAUCAAAGGGUCGGAAGGGAAACACAAAGAGAUCUCCAAUACAGUCCUUGUUAGAACAGAGUUUGUUUGAGGAUGACAGGACUGAAACUGAAACUGAUCUGCUCAUCACUUAUGCAACUGACAUCUCAUCCAUGAAAGGAAGAAAAGUUUCUGAUGCAUUGCAUAUUGAGAAAGAUGUGGAUAGCUCUUCAGAGAAAUUAACAUUAGGAGAAGACAACAAAAAGAAAGAUUAUCAAUCUAGAACUAGUUCAACUAAAAAGCGUAAAAGAAGAAGCAUUGCUCGGUUAGAAAAGUGUACGUCACUAGUAGAUCAAUCCAGUGAAUCAGAAUUAGUUGGUUCCAGAAUAAGGAUCUGGUGGCCAUUGGAUAAACGGUUCUAUCAAGGUGUUGUGCAUUCCUAUGAUCCAGGAAACAAGAAGCAUACGAUUCUUUAUGAUGAUGGAGAUGUGGAGGUUCUUCUUUUAAGCAAAGAGAAUUGGGAAAUCAUCAAUAAUACUCUUUCAGCUGGAAAGCAACCAAAAUCCCUACCUGUAUUGGUGUCUAAAAAUCUGUCUUCCUCUAAAGCAAAGAAAAAGGGUUCUACAAUAAAGAGGGUCGAGGAAAACAGCAAACUAGUGUCAGUGAGCAACAAUAAUUUAGAUCUUAGUCCUUCCAGUAACGAUGAGCUCAAGGACUUGCGCAUCGAUCAGUCAGAGUAUGAUGAUGCAAAAUCAGAUGGUCCUCAAGAUGAGGAAGUGACACUGGCCUCCCAAUCAGAAGAGGAAGUGAAAGCAGAAGAAUUACAUGAGUCAUCAAAGGAGGAAAUUGAAUCACCCAAGUUGACAGAUGCAAAGGAUGAUUCUGACAAUGAACCAAUUAAUAUAUGGAGGCUACGAGCGUUGAAGUCCAUCUGAUCCUUCAAAUUCAAUCCUAACAUUGCAUGAAUUCGUGCACCUGGUCCACAUGCAGCUUACACUGAUGCAAAUGCUACCGCUAUGAUACCCCUCGAGAUGUUGAUACGACGAUGUAAAAAUAACUGAAGCCACAUAGUGCAAAGUCUGAGAAUUCCAUCAAUGCAUGAAUUGCUCGUGUAAACAAUCAAAAAUUUGUAAGCUUUGGAUUAUUUUGUUGUCUGUUAGAUUAGUUUGGAUGUAUAUUAUGGGUUUGGAGCUUGUGAAUUCUGAUGCUCCUUUGAUUUAUUGGACGUCGAUCCAACAAAAGGGACAAUGCUAUUUUUAUGUGGGACAUGAAAUAUCUGAAUGGUCUUUUUUGAA